AUGGAAAACCGAACCAUACUGUCUGAAUUGUUGCUCUCCGGGGUUACGGAUCUUCCAUAUCUUCAGCUCCCCCUCUUCCUGCUCUUUCUCCACAUUUACUGUAUGACUCUACUUGGGAACCUCCUUAUUAUCCUCCUUGUCGCCAUUGACUCGCACCUCCAAACCCCCAUGUACUUCUUCCUUGGAAAUCUGGCUUUUCUAGACUUGUGUUCUUCCUCCGUCACCACUCCCAGAAUGCUCUUCGACCUCUAUACCAAUAGCUGGAAGAUUUCAGUUCCCGCCUGCCUGACCCAAGUUUUUUUCUUCAUCUUGUUGGUCACCACUGAAAUUGUCUUAUUGGCCGUCAUGUCUCUUGAUCGAUACGUCGCCAUCUGUCGACCUCUGCACUACGUUCAGAUCAUGCAAUGGAAGACUUGCGUCCAACUGGCUGCCGGUGUUUGGACUCUCUGCAUUGUAUACUCUAUGGUACACAUACUCGUUACGCUGAGGCUGACUUUUUGCGACUCGAACGCUGUCCAAAGUUUCUUCUGCGACCUGUCCAAGCUCUUCCAGAUUUCCUGCACGGAUGUGUUCAUCAACAUCCUGACCACCUUACUCCUCGGUGGACUUUUUGAACUGGUUUUCGUGCUGAUGACCUUCAUCCCGUACAUCACCGUGUUCUCCACCGUGCUCAAGAUCAAAGAGAAGGACAAGAGGCUGAAGGCUUUUUCCACCUGUUCCUCUCACCUGACCGUGGCCUUUAUUUUUUAUGGGACCCUCACAUUCAACUACUUCAAACCCUCCAAAAGAUAUCAAUAUACAAUGGACCGAGUGGCAUCCGUGUUUUAUACCAUGAUCACUCCUCUGCUAAAUCCUCUGAUAUACAGUCUGAGGAAUCAAGAACUGAAAGCUGCUAUGAAAAGAGUGUACAGAGCCCGCCGCUUCUCUAACAUGUAA